AUGGAAGUGCAUGGAGCUUCUCCAGAAAGAUCUCCGACAGCAUCCUUGAUCAGUUCUGAUGACGGGCAGGGUGCGCAGGCAGACGCCAAGGAGUCAGCUUGUCCGCGGUGUGGAGCAAAUUUCACGACAUACUUCAGGCGCCAUCACUGCCGACACUGUGGCGGCCUUGUUUGCGACGAUUGCAGCAGGCAUCGGACUCGAAUACCUCAAGACCCUUCCCUGGGUAAUGUGCGAGUCUGUGAUGACUGCUUCAAGGUCAUCGGCGACCACCACGCAGCUGGGCUGGAGGAGGACCUGGCCCUCAGUCGCCAUCUUAUUGAUCAGCUGAAAGAUGCACUGAAACAGAAGCACAACCAAAGUGAGGCUUUCAAAAAGGUAAUGCUGGAGCUCGAAGCGGAAGCUGUUGGGAACAGAGAGCGGCUGGACCAGCAUGCCCAGGACCCGGAUAGUGACGAUUUCUCCUUCAAGGUGUUGCAGGACAGAGUGCAGCACUGUUGGGGUGACGUCUUGACCUCCUUGGAAGCACAAGGCAAAUUAAAAGUCGUUCUCGAGGAGCGUCAGAGGAAUGGUCAAAAGCACCGAGAAGAGUUGAUCUCGACGGAGGAGGAGAUGAGCAGCAGGUACCAGCAGCUUGAUGCGGAACUUGCUGAGGUGACGCGCAUGGAAGCCAAGCGGGAUGAGCUCUUCCGGCUUGAGGGAGAGCUGGAGCGCGCGGUCGGCGCCGAGCGGCGGCGCGUUCGUGAACUUGAACUUGGGCGGCAGGCCCAGCAGGAACUGGAGGCAGAACGGAUCAGCCAAAGACUCGGGUGGGGUUCACGCCCGCUGAGAUCCACUGAGCCUGUAGCAUUCACGAUCUCAACUGGCCGGCAGGAACAGAGCCAGAAUCGCCUCGAUGGGUGCCGGAGGUCUUGCACGGUCAGCUGA